UGGAGCAGCCGAGACAGAAGCUGAAAUAACUCCAACAGAGAGAGACGGAGACAAAGAAGGAACGAUGGGAAAAGCAGCUGUAAGACAGACAAAAAGACAACAAAAGACAAACUGAAACAAAACUAAAAACCCAUUCAGCAACGAGUGCCCAGGACAAGGACCCGUCUGACCCAGAACAGGACUACUACAGAGGGGGACUGACCCACGAUGGACUAUGAACCCAAGAAAUCCAAGAAGAGUUUUGUCUCUCCUAUCAAGCGGCUGGUGUGGUCCAAAUCGAGUCGCAGGCCGGUGGAUCGAGGCAGCGUUUACCGGCGCCCGCUGCACACCGUCCCUCUCUACCCCCCCGACUACCUCAUCCACCCGGAGAGACUCAUCUUCGACUACGUAGAGAAGGAGGUCAAGUUCCUCGGUCACCUGACCUGGGUGUCGGUUUCCCUGAACCCCUCCAGCCGAGACGAGCUGCUGCAGCUGCUGGACACAGCCAGGCAGUUGAAGGUGCUGCCGUUGAAGACCAGCGUGGAUCAGGACUGCAUUCUGAGUCUGUCCGCUCGCUGUCUGCUGCUGACGUGGCGAGACAACGAGAAGCUGCUGGUGAGGAUUCCCACACACGAGAUCGCUGCUGCCUCCUACCUGAGAGACGACGCGCUGCACCUGCUGGUCCUCAAGACAGGUCUGAACGUGGACACAGUGGUUGCCGGGGACGACAGCCUGGACAGGAAGAAGCCAACGGGCAUAGACGGCCGACGUCAAACCAUGAGCUGCAACGCUGACCCCCGGCCCGCAGGGGGCACCAUGGAGCGGCGGCACACCAUCUGCGGAGUCGACUGGAGGCCCUCGCUGUCCCGCAGCAGCCACGACAAAAACCAGAAUGUGGAGAGGAGGGAAGGAGGAGGAGGGGGAGGGGGGGGCGGCGGCGGUGGGAGCUGGGAGAGGCGGCAAGCCUGCACAGGAAGCUGGGAACGGGGGAAGAGCUACGGCAGCUGGGAGAGGAGGAACCACAACCCGCUGGAGCCCACGCCCUGCCCCGACGCCUACUGCAACCUGGUCAUCCUGGCUGUGGAGAACAGGGAUGCUGCAGAGGAGUACUGUUCUCUGAUCUGUCAGAUGUUCCAGAUCAUUUACGGCCAUCAGACCAUCGAGUGUGUGGACAGGGCGGGCUUUCAUCACUCCAUGCCGGACCGCUAUUGGCUGCAGAGGAGUGACAGCUGUCUGACUGACAUGUCCUAUGGCUAUGAUCCAGAGUUUAGCUGCUGCAGCUCCUAUGAUGGCUCCCAGGAUGCCUUUGAGCUCUACUACAGUGAGACGUACAGCGAGAGUUCGUCUCUCUCGCUGCAGGACUCCCAUCGCAGUCUGGCUUCAGCCAGUGACGGAGGAGACAGUAACCCCGCCCUGCUGCUGAUGCAGGAGUACAUGAUCACGCUGCGUAACAAGCUGAUUCCGGUGGAGUUGCAGCACUUUGCCGUGUUGCUGAGAGAAUACAGACUGGGAUCAAACAUCGACCACUUCUGCUCCGAGCUGCUGCAACUGUAUGGUGACAACCGCAAGUUCCUGCUGAUGGGCAUGCGUCCGUUCAUCCCAGACAAGGACGUUGGGGUGUUUGAGAGUUUCCUGGAGAGCAUCGGGAUCCGGGAGGGAGGCAUUUUAACCGACAGCUUUGGACGCAUCAAACGCAGCAUGAGCAACACGUCGGCUACGGCCAUGAAGGGCAGGUAUGAUAACGGCUCUCUGGCCUCAGGAUCGCAAGAAUUCAACCGACGCAUGACUGACAUCACACACGACAUCCAGGCUCUGGGCUUCCAGGACACACAUGGAGACAUUGAGGAGGAAGACUACUACCUCUGACUUCUGAUCUGGAGCUACGUCAUGAACCGGCCAGACCUCUCAGGUGGUCUGGGACAGCUCUGCUUCCU